AUGGAUGUAUAUAAAUCUGAAAUCGCCACGGGGAAUUGCAGUAUCACUAUGCCUCUCUUCGGAAACCGCUGGACCACUCUCAAAGUAAUUGCUUUCUUCGCCUUCGCGCUCAUCGUCUACCAGACCCCGCAGCCUAGCUGGUGGGCCCACGAGGUACACCACUGGUUCCCCAAGUGGAUCAACUAUAUUCUCGACGCAAUCGUGUACCUUGUUGUUGUUGGCCUCGUUUUCGUCAGUCUCGAGAAUGCGGAGGACAGUCGAGUGAGUUUAGCCUGA